AUGCGGGCUAGCCUCUCAACUUCAAAAGCUGCCAGCCGUCUGCUGCAACGACGACUGGCCGGCUUGACCUUGCAAUCUCCAAGAGUCGCUCCCACCGCUGCAACUGCCAACCUUCAACUCGCUCCCCUUCCCAGCUCGCACCCAUCGAGCUCUCGAUCUCUUCUGCAUACAUCAGCUCGUAUCUCACAAGCGGCUCCUGUCGAGCCUGCUGCAGUACAGAUCAAGGAGGCAGAGACUGUGCAGGAUCAGUCAUCGUGGAAGCCUACCUCGCAGCGUGUCGGCCUCAUCGCUGUCAAGCGCGGCAUGACUUCCUUCUUCCUUCCCAAUGGUGAGAGGAUACCUGCCACUGUCUUGCAGGUCCACUCGAAUCAAGUCUCGGCUCACAUCGGCUUCAACGCUGAUGCUACCGAGUCCUCCUACAAAGCCCUCCAGGUCGCCGCAGUCAACACCUGGGACAAGAACCUGGUCACCAAGCAGAUUCAGGGUCACCUCAAGAAGGCCAACAUCGUAAAGGGCAAGAAAAUCAUUCGCGAGUUCCCCGUCACAUCUGACGCUCUCGUCCCACUCGGCACAAAGCUGUCCGCAGUCCACUUUGUUCCCGGUCAAUCGAUCGACGUCCGUGCCAUCACACGAGGACACGGUUUCCAGGGUGUCAUGAAGCGUCACGGCUUCCACGGUCUGCGAGCAUCGCACGGUGUCUCCAUCUCGCAUCGUAGUCACGGCUCCACCGGUGCCAACCAGGACCCCGGUCGUGUCUGGCCCGGUACAAAGAUGGCAGGCCGAAUGGGUGGUAACAAGCACGGUACCAUCCACAAUCUGCUCGUUGUCCGAGUCGACGCAGAGAACGACCUUGUCUACGUCAAGGGUAACGUGCCAGGGCCAAAAGGCGGCAAUGUAACCCUGCAAGAUGCUCGCCGCCCAAGCUGGAAGGGGCAGAAGAUGUACAGGAGAGGUCGAUUGCCGACCGGUGAGGCGCUGUCCGGCAAGGAGGCCGACUCGAUCUACCUGGCUCCCGGUGUUGACAAGCUGCCUUUCCCAGCGGGGACCAAGGCCAUCGCAGACAAGCUCCCUGCCAUUGUCGAGAUUGGACUCACACAGCUUCCCUCGGCAACCAAGGCAUGA